UGCAGACAUAGUACAGGAAAUGACCAGAGACUGCAGCCACAGUACAGGAGAUGGACCACAGACUGCGGACACAGUACAGGAGAUGGACCACAGACUGCGGACACAGUACAGAGGAUGACCAGAGACUGCGGACACAGUACAGGGGAUGACCAGAGAUUGCGGACACAGUACAGGGGAUGACCAGAGACUGCGGACACAGUACAGGGGAUGACCAGAGACUGCGGACACACUACAGGGGAUGAUCAAGAGACUGCGGACAACAGUACAGGGGAUGACCAGAGACUGCAGACAGUACAGGGGAUGACCAGAGACUGCAGACAGUACAGGGGAUGACCAAGAGACUGCGGAC